AUGUCCGAUCCACCACAAGUUUCACCGGAACUUUUGGAAUCUAUGGCCACCAUGUUGUCUCAGGCACUUCGAGCUUCGUUACCAGGCGCGGCCGCCGCUGCAGGUCCCGAACUUGCCAACGCAGCCAACAAUGGACAUCUUCGUGCACCCCGUUUCAACAUGGCUGAAUACCGCCCAACAGAGGGCACCACCGUUCAGGACUACUUCACACGUUUCUCCUGGGCUCUGGAACUGAGUGAAAUACCGGCCGAGCAGCACGCCAACUAUGCCCGUGUUUACAUGGGCAGAGAUCUGAAUGAUGCGUUAAAGUUUUUGAUUAGCCCUCGCCUACCUCAGGACCUGACGUACGCCGAAAUCCAGCAAACCCUCAUAAAACAUUUUGAUCACGCAAAAAACAAGUUCGCAGAGACUUAUAAAUUUCGUAAACUCACACAAAAUCCGGGCGAAUCAGUCGCAGACUUUGCUCUCAGGCUUAAACAAGGUGCAGUGUAUUGUGAAUUUGACGCUUUUUUGGACAGAAUGCUCAUCGAACAACUGUUGUUCGGACUUGAAUCGCAAGUGACAUGUGAUAAGAUCAUCGCAAAAAAACCAGCAUCUUUUGCGGAAGCGUUUGAAAUCGCAAAUUCUCUCGAAGCGACUCGUCUGACAUCGGACACGGUGAAAAACAAGGUGGAACCAGCAAACAAGUUGGGAUUUGCACCCCCAAAGCUGAAGUACACGAAACGUCUAAAUCAAGGCAGACCCCAUACACAACCCCAAGGAGUACACAAACCAACCGGAUCGCCUUAUCAACCGCGUCAAAGCCAGGAUAAGCAGUGGGCCUGUCAGGGCUGCGGAGGUCAACAUGCUCGUUCUCAGUGCCCGUACCGUGACGCCACCUGUCACGCCUGUAAUAAGAAAGGUCACCUUGCUUCCGUUUGCAGAUCUGGGAACAUCAGACAAGUCAGAGAAAACUCAGACUCUGAAGAAGAUUUUCCAGCCGAAGAAGUCGACCAGAUGCGACGUCUCAACAAAAUGGACGUUGUCAACUCUGUCAAAUUUCCUGGGAAGGUGGUGCUUGAUGUCCUUAUCAACGGACGUAACGUCAAAAUGGAAAUUGACACCGGCGCGCCAUGCGCAAUCAUGAGCAAACAAACGCUUGACAGUGCCAAAAUCAAAUACAAAUUGCUGGAAACCAACCAACAAUUUGCGAGCUUUUCUGGUCAUCGAAUUUCCUGCCUCGGUCGCGUAUCUGUCAACGCUCAAAUCGGAUCCUCAGUUCGGAAGCUCGACCUUUAUCUGGCGGAUGGCAUAGUCGACUCGCUUUUGGGCCGCGAGUGGAUCGUCGCAUUUGCAAACGAGAUUAAUUUCUCAACCUUUUUUGGAAAUGCAGCAUCAGUCCACGCCGUCAAUCCGGUUUCUCCAAGGCCAUCGUUGCAGCAACAGGCUCAAUUGGACAGCAUCCUGACACAGUUUGAAAGCUCGUUCGACGAUAAACCUGGAAAACUCAUAGGGCCUCCUGUCAAACUGCACUUUAAACCCGGAUACAAACCCGUCUUUUCCAGAGCUCGAGAUGUUCCCUACGCUUUGCGUGAUGCAUAUGCACGCGAAAUUGACGCCAAGCUGAAUUCGGGCGUGUACAAACGGGUCGAAUACUCGGAGUGGGCUUCGACGACACAUGUGGUGGCAAAAAAGAACGGGAAAUUACGUAUCACUGGAAACUAUAAACCUACACUAAAUCCUCAGCUGAUCGUAGACGAACAUCCAAUCCCACGAGUGGAGUGCAUCUUUAGCAAAAUGCGAGGCGCAAAGUGGUUCUGUCAUCUUGACAUCACGGAUGCCUAUACGCAUCUCACAAUCGACGACGAAUGUGCUCACGCGAUGACUCUCAACACGCCUACUCAUGGCCUAAUCCGACCGACACGCGCGGUCUACGGAGCAGCAAACAUCCCUGCAGUGUGGCAACAUCGAAUGGAAGAAGUGCUGCGUGAUCUGCCCUCGUUCGAGAACUUGCUCCGGGCCCUGUGUGCCGUGCUGGAAAGGAUGCGUCAUCAUGGGCUGAAACUCAACAGAGCCAAAUGUAAAUUUGCAGAAACUACACUCCACUGCCUGGGUCACAAACUUGAUGCACAGGGAAUCCACAAAUCCGACUGCCACAUCGAAGCUAUCCGCGAUGCACCAAAGCCUUCAACACCGGAGGAACUGCAACUUUUUCUGGGAAAGGCUACGUAUUACAGCGCAUUCAUCCCGGAUUUGUCAACGCGAGAUCGGCCUUUGCGUGACAUGCUUCGUAGCGAACCGUUUACCUGGACUCCAGCUGGCGAAAAAGCAUACGUCGACAUCAAAGAAACUUUGGUAUCACCCCAGGUUCUCAUGCAAUACGACCCCUCGCUACCGCUAUUGCUGGCGACUGAUGCCAGCAAAACCGGGUUGGGAGCUGUGCUGUCGCACCGCCUGAGCAACAAUCAGGAACGACCAAUCGCCUAUGCAAGCCGAACGAUGAGCGCCACAGAGCAACUAUUUCGUUCUCAUCACGGACCACAAACCGCUAACACAAAUCCUGCAUCCAGAAAAAUCACUGCCGGUGCUGUGCAUUAG